UUCGUAUUAUACUGUGUUUAGAUUUUUUUUUAAAAAGAACAAAAUUAUUUAAGUCAUCAUGUAAAUUAUUGUCUGUCUAAAAAUUACAAAGAAAAAAACAUACAUUUAUUUCAAACUUUUUGGCACUUUGGAUAAAAAAUGCAUCCUUCAAAUUUUUUCCAAAAUCAACACAAUAGCCGAGAGAGGAACUAUCAGUCAAAUUUUCCAAAUUUCCAAUUUAACACAGCAGAACUUUAUCCCCGAAGACGCCAUACAGAAUUUUACUACCAAACUUCCAUACCUGAAGAAUUCCAAAGUCGUAGCUUUGAACAUCCUCCCAUUCUUGAUAGUCCCGAUCCUCUAUGGAAUGAGGAACAACAUAGAAAAGCGAAAAUAAACCCACCAAAGAACUCUUCAAUGCGUAUCGUACGGGAUAGUUACUUUUCAUAAAAUUUAAAACUCAAAUCUUCGUCU